UUUCUUUUUUUCUUUUUUCUUUUUUUCUUUUUUCUUUUUUUCUUUUGUAACAUGUUUCGUUUUACAAGAUUAGCUAUUAAGACACCAUUAUCUCGUACUAUUAUUCCUAGUAGGAUUUACACUGCACCUGUCACACAUGUCUGGCGCCAUAACUUCUCAAACACGCCUUUUAUUCAAUCAGAAAAGAAACUAAACGAAGAAGAAGACGAUCUCGAAACGAUCGAUCCCAAAGACUAUCCCGAACUCUAUCCCGAGAACGACAAAGAUAUAGAGUUCAAUGAAAGUGACGAACAGAUUGAUACAGAUUGGUUUGUGGACCCAGACUAUUCAGACGAAAAGAUCUUGUCAGAAACAGAUUUCAUACCCAUGUGGCAACGUCAAGCACUGGGCGAACAUUUAGAGGACCGUCUUGCAUUACAACAAGCGUCUAGAGAUCUCAUGGAAUCCGGUCAAUUAACUGCAGAAAGUCUGUGUAGUCUUUUAAAAGAAAGUAAAAUGGAUCAUGUCAAGGUGAUUGAUGUGCGAGAAAAAUGCGAUUGGGCCGAAUACAUGAUUGUGGCUUCUAGUUCAAAAGGUGAUAAGUAUCUGAGUAGUGUGGCUGAACAUAUCGGUGGCAUGGUGAAGAAAGCUAUUCGAUCCAGUCCUCAUCAAACACAGCCUGUACCCCAUAUUGAAGGAAGAAAUGACAAGUCUGGCUGGAUCUUGGUCGAUUUAGGACGUAUUGUUGUACACUUAUUUACCCCUGAAAUGAGAGAACAUUAUGACUUGGAAGGUUUAUGGGACUCUGUAUCCUCAGAUCCUACACAACCUAUGAAACUAGAAGAGUAAUGUAUAUGUUGCACAAAUAAACACAAGUAAACACGCCUUGCUGUAUA